AUGAUGAAUUUCACUAUUCCUCUCUCCCACUUGAAUGCUGAAUUCCUCCCACUGGACGGUGCGCCUCAUUCAGAGGUGCCUUUGCUGAGGGUGCCUAUCCCGCGCAUCUACAGAGUGCCCUCAAGCAUCCGAAAGGACAGUGACAAGGAGUACGAGCCAAAACUGGUGUCCUUUAGUCCUCACCAUUUUGGCAAUCCCCACCUGAGGGCCUACGAAGCUCACAAGUGCAGAGUCCUUGUCCACUGCCUCACAAGGCAAAAAAAACUCUUAAGGGAUAUUGAAGCGGAAGUUUGGGCCACUCUUAAUGUCCUUAUCAUGAGUUGUUAUGACAAGCUUGGGGAAAGGUGGCUGAAUUAUCUCGAGGACUUGGUUAGGGUCAUGGUGAUUGAUGGGUGCUUCUUGUUGGAGCUUGUUCGUCCUGUUUUUGCUCACCCAUCUGAUGAUCCUGUUUACAGCUUGCGCAUUGAGGGUUAUAACUUCAUUGACAUUCUUGAUGACAUGAUGCUCCUGGAGAACCAGCUUCCUCUGCCUUUUCUCCGGUUGCUCCACUACCACCUUAUGCCCACUCGCUGGGAGAUGCAUGUUGGAUGGAUUUUUCAAUCUAUAUACUCGGACUUCAACCCUACGCAAUCCGAGGCCUUGGAAGUUGCUCUGCAUCCCCUGGACUACGUAACUUCCUCUAUGAAGAUCAUCCGCAAUAAAACGAUGCUGCCGUCAUUUAUCUCAAAAGGUAACUGGAAGUCAGCCAUUGAGCUCUCGAACGCAGGAGUUGACUUCCAAAUCUCCAACAAUAACCAAAUUGAGUUUAACAACGGCAUCCUCAGACUGCCAUUGAUGGUGGUGAACUACCGAACCAAGAGAAAGCUCUUGAACGCCAUUGCUUAUGAACAGCUUCGCGGUGGCGACACCAUGCUGACUGCCUCUGUGAUUUUCAUGGCCAACCUUAUGAAGACGCCGGAGGAUGUUAACCUGCUUUGCUCGGCGGGAAUCAUCUUGAACAACCUUGGUAACCAUCAAGAAGUUGUUGAUCUCUAUAGUGAUACUUCCUAUCGCCUUAUGGAUUUUGGCCGCCAUCAUGAGGCCAUCCUUUGUGAGAUCAAUGAGUAUUGUGGCACCAAAUGGAGAAGGUUCCGAGCUCAUCUUAAAAGGACGUACUUUAGAAGCCCUUGGGAUAUGUUAUCUCUUGUGUAUGCUGUUAUUAUCUUUCUCUUCACUGUUUCACAGACUUUCUACACCAUUGCUGCUUAUUAUUCUUCCAUAAAUGACUCACGUCCCAAGUAAACAAGCUCUCGGACCCGAUCGAGGCACCGUGCAUGAAGUUCUCAAUGGUUUGGCUUAAGAGGUUUGACGAAGCUAUUUAUGAAGUGUGUGUUGGCUAUUUUAUGUGUGUUUGAAUAUUGCUUUACUGUAAUAAACAUUGAGCUUAAUUAAGACUUACGUCUUAGGUUGAUU